AAUACAAAGACAAAGGUUCUCAAAACCUCAUAAUUCAUUAUUGUCUCUCUUUCUCUCUCUACUUAUUUUCCCCUCCUUAAUCAAGACUACAGGAGACCUUGCAAAGAUUUUACAAAGCCUUCUUUGGGAGCUUCAAGAGCUCUUAGAAAAGUAAAGUGACAGAGAAAGAAAGAAAAAAGUCAAUUUGUGAGAGAAAGUGAAAGAAAUAAAUUGGCAAGAGGGGGCUAGCUAUAAUUAUUAUCUUGAUUGUUGCAUUUAGACACAAGCUAUGAAUAAAGGUGUUGUACAGAGCUCACCGGUGCAACAGAUGGUGGCCGCCGGCAGCCCCAACUGGCCGUGGACGAUGAAUAAUACUACGAGGCCUCCAACUCUUCAGCCACACGGUUUUAUUAAUCCGCCUGUGAAUUAUGUACCUCAGUACACCGCUCCAUCUCUUUCUUCAUGGAAUGAUAGCCAGGAGCUUCCUGAGUCAUGGAGCCAACUACUUCUAGGGGGAUGGGUUGGUGAAGAAGAGAAGCCUAGUUUUAGCUAUUUGCAGGCGAAGGUCGAAUAUAUAGAACAACUGCUGAAUCACCAGACUUCCAAUGGCUCUGCAAUUGUUGAUGUGAAGCAAGAAUUAAGCUCAAAAAGUGAUUAUAUUUAUGGGCAUGGAAAUUUGGAGUUUCAAGCUUCUAAACCAACUUCUGGUUGGUCUCAAAUGAUACCGGCAGCUUCAUCUCCGAAGUCAUGUGUCACUGCUUUGAGUAAUAACAUGAUGGAUUUUUCUAACAAGCCAGAUCUGAUGCAUCCACAACCAGAUCGUUCUUCUGAUUGCAACAGCACAGCCACAGGUGGGGUAGCCAAGAAGGCCAGGAUUCAACCUUCUUCAUCCCAGUCCACAUUCAAGGUGAGAAAAGAGAAAUUGGGAGACCGAAUAACAGCCCUUCACCAGUUAGUUUCCCCAUUUGGCAAGACUGACACAGCCUCAGUGUUGCUAGAAGCAAUUGGAUAUAUCAGAUUCCUUCAGAGCCAAGUUGAGGCCCUAAGCUUGCCAUACUUGGGCAGUAAAUCAGGAAACCUAAGGCAGCAGUACCCUUUUCAAGGAGAGAAGAAUUGCUUAUUUCCUGAAGACCCUGGGCAGCUGUUGAAUGACAACUGCAUAAAGAUGAAACAAACGUCUGAGCAGGAUUGUCAUGAAGAGCCAAAAGACUUGAGGAGUAGAGGAUUGUGCCUAGUUCCCAUCUCCUGCACUCUUCAUGUUGGGAGUGACUUUAAUGGAGCAGAUUAUUGGGCUUCUCCUGCUCUUGGAGGAAAUUUUCGAUAAAUAAUUGGUUAUAGCACAGAAGAAUUUAUUUCAUGAAAAUGAUAUAACAUCAUAAGCAGUCAGUAUUGAAAAGUCCAAGGCUGACUGCUCAUGAUGCUAUGCAUUUUGAUGGAAUAAGGUGUGCUAUAAUAUAUAGUAUGCACGUACUAUUACUCGCGAGUUUUAUUAACUUAUCAACUAUCCACUAGUUUGUUCAACAUUUUCAUGUAUUCAUGUAUAUGUUGCACCAGCAUGAUUUAAACAAUUUUAUGGCACCAUCAAUUCCCAUUCUCAUUCACCCUCUA